AUGUCGACAACAAGGGGCUUGGAGGGGGAAUUAAAACAACAGGGUGCAGUGGAAGCAGCACAAAAUCCUGAUAGCGCGGUAACAUCGGCGGAUGCGCAAGCGAAGAUUGUCAAUGAGAGUCAGAAAGCGGGCGUCCUGGCUUUCUCUUUCGACCCAGAUGCGAGUCCAGAGGCAAAGGCAGCACAGGCUCGGGCUCAUGUUCCGGAAGGAUUUCAUCAUGAGCACAAGUCAAAAGGUGUCGCAAUCGCUACAGAUAUCGACGAUGGCUCACCGGGAGCUUACGACUUACCACCCCCCUCUACUGCUGGAGCUCUCGCAGCUCCUGCAAAAGGCAGCAAACAAUCAGACCAGCCAGUAGCGAACGGAUAUGUUGACGAGGAUGAGGAUGCGCGUUGGAUCGAAAGAGCUGGUUGGGCUCCAAGAUUUGGCUCUGGGGAUUCUGGCGAAUCUAUCGAAGGGGAAAGUCUCAUGGAUCACCAAACUUGGAUUGAGGGCAAAAUUGAAGAUAAGUUUUAUGGCGAUUGGUAUCAAAACACUGCUGUCAUUAUAUUCGCAUGUCUCUCUUCAUGGCUGGUAGCCACCCUUGGUGGAGGUCUCAGUUGGGUAUUCAUUAUCAUGGCGAUAUGCGGUACCUAUUAUAGGACCUCAAUACGCCGAGUGAGACGCAACUUCCGUGACGAUAUUAAUCGAGAGCUUGCCAAGAACAAACUGGAAACGGAUACAGAAAGUCUGGAAUGGAUGAACAGCUUUAUGGUCAAAUUUUGGCCAAUAUUUCAGCCAGUACUCGCCGAAACGGUCAUCAACUCAGUCGAUCAAGUAUUAAGUACAGCAACUCCAGCGUUUUUGGAUAGUCUCCGCAUGAAGACAUUUACGUUGGGUACCAAGCCACCUCGACUGGAGCACGUGAAAACAUAUCCCAAAGCAGAGGACGACAUAGUACUCAUGGAUUGGAAGUUUAGCUUCACCCCAAACGAUCAUGCGGAUAUGACCGCUCGCCAAAUCAAGAAUAAGGUCAACCCAAAAGUUGUCCUCGAAAUUCGAAUUGGAAAAGCAAUGAUCAGUAAAGGUCUAGAUGUUAUUGUGGAGGAUAUGGCCUUUUCGGGUUUGAUGCGUAUCAAAAUCAAACUUCAGAUUCCGUUUCCUCAUGUGGAAAAAAUUGAGAUCUCAUUCCUGGAAAAACCUACAAUCGAUUAUGUAUGUAAACCUCUUGGAGGCGAAACACUUGGAUUCGACAUCAAUUUUAUCCCUGGACUUGAAAGUUUUAUUUUAGAACAGAUUCACGCGAACAUUGGUCCGAUCAUGUACGCGCCAAAUGUGUUCCCAAUUGAGGUCGCGAAAAUGCUGUCUGGAUCUGCUGUUGAUCAGGCUAUUGGUGUAUUGGCUGUUACUCUUCACGGUGCUCAAGGGCUCAAGAAUCCCGACAAAUUUGCUGGAACACCGGAUCCAUAUGUUGUCCUGUCAAUCAACAACGGCGCUCCUCUAGCACAAACCAAGAUUAUCAAGGAAAACGCAAAUCCCAAAUGGAAUGAAACGAAAUACGUUAUUCUUACAUCUUUUACCGAGAGCCUCACAAUGGCUUUAUUCGAUUACAAUGAGUAUCGAAAAGAUAAAGAACUCGGUACUGCUACUUUCCCAUUGGAGAGGGUGCAAGAAGUCACAGAAUAUGAAAAUGAGCAGCUUGAGGUACUGGCAAAUGGCAAGGCACGUGGUCUAUUAUCUGCGGAUCUUCGAUUCUUUCCCGUCCUCGAAGGGCGAGCUCUCCCAGAUGGUACGACUGAAGCACCUCCUGAAUCUAACACUGGUAUUGCUCGUUUCUGUGUUGAACAAGCUAAAGACCUCGAUGGCACCAAGAGUCUUAUUGGUCAGCUCAGUCCCUAUGCUGUACUGUUACUAAACAAUAAGGAAAUCCAUGUUACAAGAAAAUUGAAGAGGACGAAUAACCCUAUCUGGGACAAUGGAUCUAAGGAAAUUCUCAUCACCGAUAGAAAGACCGCUACUUUCGGUCUUGUCAUCAAGGACGAUCGAGAGCUCGGCACCGAUCCUAUCCUUGGUACAUACCAAAUCAAGCUCAACGAUAUGCUAAACUUGAUGGAAAAGGGCCAAGAGUGGUACACGCUUGCCGGAGCCAAUUCUGGCAGAGCCAAGCUGACGCUACAGUGGAAACCAAUCGCAUUGCAAGGGGUGGGCGCAGGCACUGGUGGCUAUGUUACACCAAUUGGUGUAAUGAGAUUUCAUUUCAAGAAUGCGCGAGAUCUCCGAAACCUCGAAACUUUGGGCAAAUCUGAUCCUUACGUCAGAGUACUCUUAUCUGGAAUAGAGAAGGGUCGAACAGUCACAUUCCAGAACAAUCUCAACCCAGAUUUCGACGAAGUUGUAUAUGUGCCCAUCCACAGCGCUAGGGAGAAAUUGACUCUGGAAAUUAUGGAUCAAGAAACUAUCAACAGUGAUCGUACCUUGGGAUCGAUUGAAGUGCUGGCUUCCGAUUACGUUCGACAGCUCGAAAAUGGAGAAUUUAUCGUACACGAUGAUAAAGUCCCACAGGCCGGUGCAUUGCGCAUGCAUGGAAAGGGCUCCCCAAGAGGAACACUCAAUUAUACUGCGGCAUUUUACCCAUGUUUGAAUGUGGCAGAUCCUGAAGAUGAGGAAGAAGCUAAAGAGGAGGCCGCCCGCAAAGAGUCUUCCGAGAGAGGUCGCAUAACUGGUAUGGAAAACGGCGUUAAAAAUGAUGCCGAGAUUGGUGAUGAGCCAGAAAAGCCUGCCCGGUCUUCAAGUGAAUCUGCGAUGGCUGCAAAGCUCGCUGAGGGUGCGCAGGAGCAAGAAGAAACUACGAAAGAAAAGCAACUUCCCAAGAUUCGUCUCACGCCUGAAGAAUUACUCAAGUAUGAAUCUGGUCUUAUUAUCUUCAAGAUAAUUGAUUGCGACCUCACCCGAAGUAAUGUCCAUGUGGAAGUCGUUGUUGAUGAUAUGGCAUUUCCAUCAUAUUGGUCCUCCGUUAUAAAAACGAAGAAAAUGACCUUAGACGAGAUCGGCGAUUGCUUUGUUCGCGAGCUCGAUUUCUCGAAGAUCACCAUACGUAUCCGAGAAAAGCAGAGUAAAGGGGAUGAGAAGAACGACUCGACUAUUGCCCGCUUGAGUGGGGAGACACUAGCUACCCUGAAACAGUGUCUCAAUAAUCCCACCAUACUCAAGCUAAGAGACGAAGAAGGCCAUACAAGUAAUAUCAAGGUUUCACUUAAAUAUAUUCCAGUCAAGAUGGAUUUGGACCCAAGCGAGAGUAUCAACAACAUGGGUAAACUUCGAGUAGAUGUUCUGGAUGCUGUUGAUCUUCCAUCUGCGGAUCGUAACGGCUACUCUGAUCCAUAUUGCAAGUUUGAAUUCAAUGGCAACUCGGUAUUCAAGACUAAAGUGCAGAAGAAGACUUUAAACCCAGCCUGGAACGAAUUUUUCGAGCUCGAAAUACCUUCAAGAACAGCUGCGCAAUUUGUUUGCAAUGUUAUGGAUUGGGACUUUGGUGACAAGGCCGACUUCUUGGGCAAAGCUGAAAUUAAUUUGAAUCUUUUGGAACCAUUCAAGUCGAAGGAGAUGAAGCUGGGAUUGGAGGGUAAAUCGGGGUCUAUCCGUCUACGCUUACUCUUCCGCCCAGAUUACGUGACCAGAUCGAGACAAGGAAGCUCGACAUUCUCUGGUACAUUUGCCACACCAGGCAAAAUCGUCACUGGAGUUGCAGGAGCUCCAAUCAAAGGUGUUGGCUUCGCUGCACAUGGCGUUGGCAAAGGAGCUUCGUUCAUCCGACAUGGCUUCAAGAGCAAGAAGAAGGAUGAUGAAGAAGUGAAUAACAACGCUGUUAUUGAGUUAGAGAACGAUGUUCCCGUAAGUAAUGGCACUGGUGUACUAAGGCGCGUGAGUGGUCUCCCAGGUUCCGGAGCACCAAUCCCAGAAAUUAUGCCUCCGAUGACUCCUCCAGGAGAAUCGAAUCAUGGACGAACCAAGUCCUUUGGAGCGGCUUCGGGACACUCUGGUAUGUUUGGUUCUCCCAGUGCUACAGGCGGGCCUAUGGGUAUUGCAAACUUCACAAUUGUGUCUGCGUCCGGAUUUCCGCCGUCUUCAAGCGUUAUGGUUUAUGUUAAAUCGCUUGGUGCCAAACCUAAAGUCAUCCACAAGACUGAUCAUAUCAAAUCCCCUACUGGCACUAUAAUCUUCAACGAGAAGAAGGAGAGCUUCAAAUGUACCACUUCUGCAGAUGUGACCUUCCAAGUCUCAGUCAAGGCACACAAUACAUUCGGUUCGGACGAUGAUCUCGGCGAGGGAGCUCUUGUCGUAGAUGAGAGUGGCACAAUGCAAGAGAAACAAAUUCGUUGUGGAGCAGGCUACAUUACGGUGAAAUCUAAUUUCAUCAUGAGCUCUACCGAGAACGGAUCGGAAAGUCCAAAGACUCGUUCGGGUUUCGGGAGAAGUCUACUCAGCAAGAAAGAAACUGGUCGAACCAGCAGAGAUAUCACACCCGUUGGCACACAAGGCUCUGGAUAG